GUAUAUUUUAGCAAUGUUUAUUGUGAAUUUGACUCAUGUUCUUAUACGGUUGAUUGAUAUAGAAUAACCAACUGCACUGGACCCGAAUCUCAAAUACCCACCUCUCCACGAAUACGUCCUUACAUAAGCUAGUCUGCUCUCCCAAGUCUUCUCAGGCGUCCACUUCCCGUACCAAGAGCUGUGCGUCGAUUCCCAAUUCGAUGCGAAUAGAAGGAAUGAGUAUAUCUCGGUGCCCUGAAAUAAUAAGUUCAUAGUACUGUUCAGCUUCAGCGAGGCAAUCUGUCUACAGUCCCAAGACCUGAUUAGCCAUGUCGCUCUUCACAAUGGCUUUCGAGCCGCCGUCGCCGCCGUCGCGAGCAGGAGAAGUUGCUAUUGAUCCGCCGGACGGCAAGGCAUUGUUGGGCGAGAGUGAGGUAAACCUAAGCUCUGAAGAUGAAGACGACAAGAAUGAGGAUCUUAGUAAGAUUCUAGAUCGUCUCGAUCUAGCGGGCAGAGUUGACUUCACCCUACGACUCCCAGAAGAGGUUCUUCCAAAAAUAUUCGUCUAUCUCGACGAUCGAUCCCUUUACAAUUGCAUGCUCGUCAACAAGGCAUGGUACACCUCCGUCAACAGCAGCGUCGUAUGGCGGAACAUGUUUCGGCGCAAUUGGCGAUGGUGGGCAAUCACGCGAGAUAUACCGUCGGAUAUAGAUUGGAAAAGAGUCUAUCUUAGUCGGCGGCAGCUGGAGCAGCGGUGGCGGCGGAAAAAGUACAAGCAUACGCGUCUGGAGGGACACAAUGAUGUGGUGUAUUGCGUACAGUUUGAUGACGACAAGAUAAUCACUGGUUCGCGAGACCGGACGAUCAAUAUAUGGGAUAUGAAAACUUUACAGAUCACUCGCACAUUAUCACGACGACCUCCACCUCCCGGCACCCCAGAGUCCGAGCUCGAGUCCUUUUACAAUAUCUCUGGCCACGAAGGCUCAGUUCUCUGCCUUCAGUACGACAAAAAACUUCUAAUCUCGGGCUCCAAAGAUCAAACCAUAAUCAUCUGGUCAGUAGAGCACGACUACAAACCUCUCCGUCGACUCAAGCACCACGACUCGUCAGUUCUCGACAUCAGUUUCGACGAGAAAUACAUCGCCACAUGUUCAAAAGACGGAAACAUUUGUAUCCUCGACCGGACCAGCUCCGAGUUCCCGCUUCUACGCGUCAUCGACGCCAGCCGCGGCACAAUCAACUCUAUCCACCUGAAACGCGGAAUCGUCGCCAGCGCCGGCAUCGAUAGUGUUGUUCGCAUAUGGCACGUCGAAACUGGGAAGCGCGUGAUGAGCUUGCAUGGACACGAGCGGGGGCUGGCGUGCGUCAAGAUCUCGUCGAAUAAGCGGUAUGCUGUCAGUGGAGGAAACGACACGACUAUAAGGAUAUGGGAUUUGAAGUCAAGGGCGCCGGUCGCCGUGUUGGAAGGUCAUACGUCUCUGAUACGGACACUUCACCUUCACGGGAGGAGAAUCACGUCCGGAAGCUACGACAAAGAAGUCAAGGUAUGGGAUUUCGACCUCCCUGAACCUCUGUUCGUAGCCAAACUAGAUCACUGGGUCCUGUCCGCAAAAGCAGACUGCAAACGGCUCCUGGUAACUUCGGGUUCAUCGGACGUGGACAUGUACGAUUUCGCAGACGGGCUUGAUGAUCCGGCUUAUCUGCGCUAUUUCCGGGACCCCUGAGCUUGGCUUUGGUUUCCGGGGGGUUUCCACGCGAGUAAUUAUUCUAUAGAUUACGUAGAUUUUUGGAUGAGAUGGCUUGAAGAAACUUAAUCUUUUUACUCAACAACUCUACAAUACAAGUCAAAAAAGCA